AUGGCCAAAUGGUUAAAGUGGCCUGUUACUAACAUCUCUUCAUUACGCGCCGGGUUCAACUGCGGGGACCAUUAUGUUGGGUCAUUUUCUCAAAUUUCCUCAAGCAACAAGAAUCCUCCCUACAGCAACAACAGCAUUAGUUUAGCAGUUGGUGGCGAGAAACGCCGCUACAACAACAGCUACCACAACGACGACAGCUUUUACUACCGCAGGAAUAUUCUUGGUGAAGACGCAACUAUGAAAAAAUCCCGGACAAAAAACAUAUAUAAUAACAAUCCUUGCAACAACAUCUACAUGGACAACAUUCACAACAACAACAACAGCAGCAACAUUCACAACAACAACAGCAACAUUCACAACAACAACAGUAUCAACAUCAACAACAACAAACUGAAAAAAUUUCCAUUUCUCCGCAAUCAAACCGAUCCAAGAAAAACAAUAUUGAUCCCUACAACAUCAACAACAACAACAGCAACAUCAACAACAACAACAGCAACAUCAACAACAACAGCAACAACAACAGCAACAACAAAACAUCGGCAACACUCAGAUAAAAACAAAAGAUUGAACUUGAGCCAAGAAAAUGCAAGCAAAUUCGUUAAAAACGCCAGGCAAAUUUGCAAUGAGAAGCUCCAACUUUCACUCCAUUCUGACAGAAACUGUACAAAACCAUGUCGAAUUUCAUUACCGGUUAUGUCGAGUUUGAGCAAAUCCCAUGAUCAUAUUCCAGUUGAGGUGAUGGCAAAUAGGGGCGUUUUUGCGGGGGGCAGAAAAUUUGAGGGGCCCAGAAAGAUUAGCAAACCCGCGAAUUAUCCUGCCGCUACUACUGGUAGUGGUAGCAGCGGUGAUGGUCGCGAUAUUGGCGUUCAUUCGAAAAAUGAGAAUAGACAAAGAUUAAACUGUGUUUCUGUUGAGGCUUAUGUUGAUGGUGAGGAUUUUGAGAUUUGCAGACGUGAUGACGUCAAAUGUCACUUCGUCCCUGUUCCCAAUAUGAAAGAUGCGCGCCGGAAGUUUUUUGAAUCUAACCCGAACUCUAACUACAGCAACAACAACAACAACAUCAACAACAACAACAUCAACAACAACAACAUCAACAACAACAACAUCAACAACAACAGCAUCAACAGCAUCAUCAAAAACAACAACAACAACAGCAUCAACAUCAACAACAACAACAGCAUUAUCAACAACAACAACAACAACAGCAACACCAACAACAUCCAACAAAGGUUAACUUUUGCUGAUCAGUCAUAUACCGACAGCAAACACAAUGACGUAGGCAACUUCUUUUUCGGAAACCGAAUGACGUCAUCGUCGACAAAAUACCUUGACAGGUUCUCCCUUAACGUGACAUCUGUCGACAAAUCUGGUGACUUUUUAUCUCAGUUGAAUUACGAACCGAAAAUGCUGCAGAUCGGUAGUAGGUCAACGUCAACUUGUAACAUUAACAAGAAUGACGUCAUCAUCAACAACAACAACAACAAUAAUAAUAAUAACAUUAUUAUCAACAAUAAAAUUGGCGUCAACAACAACAACAACAUAAACAACACCGAUGCAAAUUUUUCGAAAAGUAGACAGCCGACCACUUACCAGUUUCCUGAUCUGGCGCCUAGCAGGAGAGCUUCGCUAUUUACAUCCUCGACGACAAUGACGUCAUUUCCGGCGGCAAUUUCAACUACUUCAACUUAUCAUAAAUCAUUCAAUCCGGCGCAAACUUAUCAGCAAAAAAUAACAACUGCAACAAUGUCAGCAGCAGCAGCAGCAACACCAUCGGCAAUUACUUCUUCUUCUUUCUCAUUGUCGUUCUCUACUUCACCAUGGAAACUACAGACGUCGUCAACAACAACUCCCUCCCCAACAAAAAUCUCCACAACAACAACACCCACACCGACAACAACAAAGCCGACGAAGACCCCGAAAAGAGAAUCACAGGAUUCAGGAUUCGACAUGCGACUCGAGGAUUCGAAAAUAUCCGACGAUAUUAUCACACCGUCUUAUCCUACUCCGCUUCAGCAUAUCCCUUUUUCAACUCGUCCCAUUCCUACUUCUAGUCAUGACGUCAUUUUUUCGGACUCAGCAGCACCGAGGAGGUCCUAUAAUUUCGUCCCCCCAGUGCCUAAACUUUCGCAAAACUCAAUUAACUCGGAUUUUUCCCAUCCGCCAUCUUUUCCAACAUCAUCUUCGCCCUCCUACUCAUCAUCGAGUUUGCUGUCACACAGUAGAAUCAAUACUGCCAAUGCCAGUAAAAAUAGCCAAGUCAGUGGCGCUGAUGCUCCUAACACUGGAUGCAUACUUCGAAACAAAAAUAGCAGAAGUGGUGGCAGUAGUAACUACAGUAGCAGCAUCAGCAACAACCUUUACGGCCACUACAUCAAUAACUUCGGUAACGUUAACAACGAAAUUUUCUCAAACAAUGUCAGGAAUUUUUACAAUAACAUCAACAACAUCAACAGAAGCAACAACUAUACAACAAGAUCGCAUUACUUCUCAACGCUGACAAUGUCAUACAACAAUCGAUACAGCAGUUGCUUCCCUUACUACAGCCACAACAAUAACCGAUUUAGCGGUACCAAUAUCGAGUUCGGUUUUCGGCCCAUCCUCCACAGGCCUCUAUCUUCCACGCUACCUCGUCUAACGAUUGCCGAGUAUCCGAUAUUUCGAAUCGAGUAUGGGAGUUUCGGUAAAUUUAAAAAGCUUUCCAAAAAAUUUGGAAAUUUGAAGAGAAUAAAUAUUAACAUCUAUCAUAGCGCGAAUGCAUUCUAUGGAAUCGUCAAUAAAAACACCUCAGCUCAGGUUUCAACAUCAUCAUCAUCAGUAGUUCAAUCAUCAUCAUCAUCAUCAUCAUCAGUACUGCAAUCAUCAUCAUCAUCAGCUAUGCCACCAGUAGCAGCACCACCACUGCCAUCAUCGUCGUCAUCUUCACGGCCAGCAAGCGAAACUAACAUAGUGGAAAAGAACCAUUCGGAAAUUCCUAAAAAGUUUAAAAACAGCCCAAACAAUAAAUCCAACAACCACAAAAACAUUUUAGACCAGAGAUGGCUCGACGAGAAUACCGAGAGGAUUCGAAACUUAGAAAGAUUGUUAUACCGCGUCGGGGCGAAUACCGUAGCCAGCUAUCACCUGAGAGAAUAUUUACCGAAACGAAUUAUGACGUCAUCGUUUCUAUGGCAACAACGGCAUCAACAGAAGAUAACAAAUAAUGAAAAAGAUAGCGGAAAUAAAAUUAUCGAAAUAAAAAAUAAUAAUAAUAAUAACAAAGAUAACCAUAAUCUAAAUUUGGAAUCGCGUAACUAUGGCGAUGAUGACGACGACGAAGAUCACGAUGAUGAUGAUGACGAUGACGAAGGAGAGAAAGAUGGAAAAAAGAUGGAACUUGAUGAGGAUGAUGAUGAUGAGGAUAAAGAUGACGAUGAAGAUGAUGAUGAGGAUGAAGAUGAUGAUAGCUGCGGUUGUUUGAAAUUUCGAAACAGUGAUAACGAUCUACUAAGCCUUGAAGAAUGCAAGGUUACACUAAUCAGUCUGUUUAUCAGACGGGAUAACUUGCUGACGUGCCUGAAGAAACGAUUUGUGAGCCUGCUGAACCAAUCAAAAUCAACAAGAGAGAAGAUAGCCGGACAAUUAGAAGAGAGAUUAGUGGAUAGAGAGAAAGAACGACUUCUGUCAUUCAUUCAAGGCUGUGACCAACUCACGAAGCUCAUACUAUUACUGUCUCAAAGAAUGGCAAAGUGCCAUUCGGAAAUGGUCACAAUGACGUCAUCAUCGGCAACCACAACAUCAACAACAACAAACAUAGCAUCAUCAUCAUCAUCAUCAGCCGCAACGGCCACGACGAAGAUGAUAAAUGAUAAUACAAUUGAUAAUAGAAAUGAAAUUAGCAUAAAUAACAUUGAAGCUACUACUACUACUACUAAUACUACUACUGCUACUACUAUUACUGCUGCUGCUACUAAUACUACUACUACCAAUAAUAAUACUACGGCUACUACUACUACUACUUCAACUACAACUGCUUCUAAUACUAUAACUUAUAAUAAUAACAACAACACAACAGAAACUUGCAACAUUGUUGAUUGGAGUGUUGAUAUUGAUCUUACUACUACCGCCACUACUACUACCACUGUUGUGGCUGCUAUUGUUACUACUGCUACCACUGCUACUUGUAGUAGUGGCUAUACAAGCAGUGGUAAUAGUACUACUUUUAAAGCAACGAUGACGUCAUUAUCAUUGCCUUCGUCGUCAUCGUCAAAGUUGAAAGAUUUGAAAACGAAACUGAAAGAUGCCCAGCACCUCAAACAUUCCAUCGAACUGAAAGGUUUGGUGUUAUACGAGAGGUUCAUUGAGAACUUCAGAGAGACCGACGACACCAACAACAACAACAACGGCAGUAGCCGCAGCAGCAACCACAACAGCGACAACAACAACGUCAGUAGCCACAGCAGCAACAACAACAACAUCAACAAAAACAGCAGCAGCAACAACAUCAACAAAGACAGCAACAACAACAAAAACAGCAACAACAACGACAACAACAUCGAUACAUUUUUCAAUGCAACGACAGCAUCAUUCAUCCUGCCAAUGGUUGAGAGGUGGUGCUGUGAGGAGAUAAGAUGGGGUACGGAUGUUUUGGGUGAACUUAAAAAUAUCAUCAUCACCACAACCACCACCAACAACAACAACACCACCAACAAAAACAACAACAAUAAUAAUAUUCCUGAUAAUGAUGAUGGCGAUGAUGAAGACGACCAUGAAAACAAAGUAUGA